AUGCCGGCCGUGCUAUCAAGCAUACCGCUGAAAAGAUUGGCGACAAGAAAAGCUAAAAUGAACGAUACACCCUUUGUACACCAAACCGGCAUUUCUGGGCUUCACCCGGAGAGAGAAGUUCGACUGGUUGAUGACCACACCAUAUGCCAAGGAAACUGCGACCACGACACCCAUCAUAAAGACCAGGAUUUCGGAGAUGCUGCCAAGGAAAAGCUGAACAAUGCCGGCCGUGCUAUCAAGCAUACCGCUGAAAAGAUUGGCGACAAGGCUGGAGAGCUGAAGGACAAGACCAAGCAAAAGAUCCAAGAAGGAGUCGACGCAGUUAAACGCAACCGAUCUCACAUAUAA